UAAGAUGAUUAUUUAAAAAGGCGGUGGACAACAAAACGCUUGACACUCCGAGAAUCCUCAUUCAGAAGUCACUUCUUUUCAGCUCCCGAGGUCCAUUUUCACUAACGUACACUCCUGGUGGGUACAGUACGCACCCAACAACUCCCCACUGUCAAAGGAAGGAGAUCACACGCAGCUUUAUCCCCCCCACCCCACCCCCUCUCUCACAUCUCCAUAUACAUACAUAUACUCCCCUGUAUCUAUCUAUAUCUCCAAUCUUGCCACCAGUUAGUUAGUUAUAAUCUGUUGUUUCAACUUUCAACCACCCAAACCAAACCCAACCCAUCUAGGGUUUCAAUGAUUUGAUUCCAAAUUUAAUUCCAUUGGCUUCUUAUCUUGUUGUCUCAUGGAUCCGCCGGUUAUGAUGAACGGCGGUGGGUUCCGGUCGGGUAAUACCGGGUCUUCGCUGUGUAAUUUGACGGAGAUCUGGCCCUAUCCGAUGAAUAUUGGCGGUGGAAGUGGCAAUGCGACGUCGUUUGGUAUGGGGCAGUUAGGCGAUAAUAAUCAUAAUAAUAAUAAUAAUAAUAAUAGCGGUGCGUUUGUUAAUGAUCCGAUGGUUGUGGAUAACAGUAAGAAGCGGCGUGAAGAUGACGAGUCUUCUAAAGGUGUUUCUGUUUCUACUAGCAGCCGUAGUAAUGGCAAUAGCAUGAUUGAUGGUGAUGGUGGUAAGCGAUUGAAGUCGUUAGCGAUCGAAAAUGAAAACGAAUCGAAGCCAGAAGCCGAAAGAAGUUCGGGUAAGAAAGCGGAAAACAGUGCUAAACCGGUUGAACCGCCUAAACAGGAUUAUAUUCAUGUUAGAGCAAGAAGAGGUCAAGCCACUGAUAGCCAUAGUCUGGCAGAAAGAGCUAGAAGGGAGAAGAUUAGUGAAAGGAUGAAAAUUCUUCAAGAUUUGGUCCCUGGAUGUAAUAAGGUUAUCGGGAAAGCACUGGUGCUUGAUGAGAUAAUAAAUUACAUUCAAUCGCUACAACAACAGGUCGAAUUCUUAUCAAUGAAGCUUGAAGCUGUCACUUCAAGAUCACAACCAAGUCCACAAGGGUUUCCUUCAAAAGAUUUUGGUCAACAAGCAUAUGAAAUGGCUGUGGUGCCAUUUGGGUCACAACCCACUAGGGAGUUCAGUAGGGGGUCAUCACCAGAAUGGUUGCACAUGCAAAUUGGUGGCAGCUUUGAAAGAACAUGAUGGUCAAGAGCUGCUAAAAUAUGUCGCGAAAUGAGAAGACUUCGAUAGAGAUAAUGAAAACUAUAAUCUAUAUCCUUAUGUGUUACAAGAUGAACCUAUGUGGCUAUGUAUGUAUGUACGUACGUACUAUUGUUGCUCAUACAUCUCGUAGGGUAUGUGUUUUUUACUUGCAAACAACAUGAUUUGUAUUGAAAGUACUGUUGUACCAAGAAGAUAAGAGUCAUUCAAAUAAAGUUCAAACCAUUUUACUCCUAUAA